GUUGAGAUGGUGGAUAUAAUUUCUAAAUUAAAUGAGGGGAAGCAUAGAUAGAUAGUUGGCAGAGAUAUCUCAUCCCCGGCGGGCACGCUUGAUCUCUGUGAUGGCCUGACGACGAUGGGUAGAUUCUGCAAACAAGGCCUCGAUCAAAUCCACCACCUCGUCGGUGGAGAACUCGAGCCCCAAUUCACCCUCCAGCCAAAGAUAUUUGAUGUCAGCCAGAGAGCUCUCGAGGAUGUUGAUCAAGUACUGGAAGCGUAGCCAAUUUGGCACAUAAACGGCUGUGACAGGUACAGCUUCAACCUCGCCACUUGUCUCGGGCAUGAACAGAUCCUCAAGUUUGGAGACUUGAUUGCAGAGGCACACAAGUUGCUUAGACUGAUCUUCGGAGAUGUCACCCAAAUCCUCCACAUCAAUGAUGAUCUUGUUGAUCACGAUAGACAGUAGUGAUCCAAUGGACUGUAGCAGAGCGGAGUGUGACAGAAUGGGCUGCCACUCCUUGUAGACAUCACGAAUUCGAUCAGUAGUUGCGCUUACGGCAUUCUCACAUUCGCUUUUGAACGGCUGUUCUGAGCAUUGCCCAAAGCCUUGCGCACCAUCAAGAAGGUCGGUCACAAUCGUGCUUUGUGUCUGCAUCUCCUUGCUGUAGGCGAAUUUACCAAAUUUCUCGAGGGCUUCCACAUCCGAGCUGAGCCUAGACAGCUCAUGUUCUUCCAUCAACUCUCGAAUUUGGCCGGCAAGGUACAGGCUAUCAUUAUACAGGUACAUUUGACCGGAGCCGAGCUUCAAGGAGUAGAAAGGGGUGGAAGUGGCCUUAAACAUGGCCAGAAUCAACGUGGGUAGGGCGAGUAGUCCGGCUCCCGAUGAAGCGACACGAGAAGUCGAAUGCCUAUAAUUAUCACGUUAGAGGUGUCAGAUGCACCAAAUAAGCCCAGAGGGUAAAUACUUACGGCGGCUCUGAGAUGUUUUUCGAGUCGUGAAUCUGCUGGCGAACAAUAUCCAGUAUCGAGUCCGGGAUAUCGGUGACUGUGUAGACCUCUUUUAGAGUCAUCUCUCUGGGAGCAGAGGAUUGCGCUGCCUUUCCACCCUGUACUGCGUUUGCGGCAGUGUCAGCCUGCAGCGGCUUUUUAUGGUUGCUCUGGGCUUCCUCGCCCUCGUCCUCGCCCCAACCCCACGCAUCAUCGUCGGCAUCGUCGUCUCCACUCGGGACAGCUGCAUCAGGUUUGGGCUCUUCUUCGGCGUCCUCAUCAAGACCCCAAGCACUCACAUCCUCAUCUUCUUCAGGCCGGGCAGCCAUUGCCGGUCCCUCUGUACUUUCUUCCUCUUUGUCGUCAUCCCAAUUAGCGUCCCAGUCGUCCGGAGCAUUCUCUAGCAAGGCCUCAUCAGCCCGAGAGACCUGUUCCUUUUCAACCCGCUCAACUUGCCUGGUGGUGCCUUUACUAGCUGCAAGGACUUUGCGUACACUGUCGAGUGAGUCGACGCGACGCCGAGUCAGCCACAGGCGAGGUGCUUGGUUGACCCAAGACACAAGCUCCUCAAUCCCAGUCCAGCCCCAAGACUGAAUUGUGUUGGCGAACUGCAUGACACAGUCCAGAGUCUCUUCGAAGUCUCCGAGACCCUCAAGAGUGGUUGGGAUCGAAGAGGACAGCCACCCAGAGAUUGCCUUGGAUGCAACAGAUGGAACCAGCGAUUGAGGGAGCUUAGCUGAGAUGGGCAGUGGUAGGUUUUGUCGCAAAUAAUCCAGAACUUUUGUGGUCUGGCUCAGAGUCUCGGAAACGGUUGUGUCUGAAUACUCCGAUCGAAUGUGGAUGCCGGUGUCUGUAAUAUCAACAGUGCGGCUCUUCCCGUCAGCUCGUGGCAGUAGGAUGGGGUCGACAAUUGCGGCAGAGAGGUCCUUCAGGAGGUUCUCGCUGGCCAAAUCCAGAAUCUCCAAUUGUGACAUGGAGGCGAUGGUGUUGUCUAGAGAAUCGGCGCCAUCGCCCUUGAUCACUUGGAAUUCCCCUUGCUGCCGAUCCACCUUUAUCUGCUCCUGCCAGCGCAUGCGCAGAGUGUCCUCGAUCUGCUCCCGAAACUGUGCUAUCUCGAGAGUGAGAAUGCUCAUCACAUUGGUAUUCAUAAAGAAAGCAUCCUGCCCAAUCGCCGCCUUCAUACUAUCCAACUGCUUGAUCGCAGCCAUUAAUUGACCGCUUGCGAGCGCAGCUCGUCCAUUGUUCAAUUGCUGGCACAGGCGCUGCACCUCUUCCAGAGUCUCCGCCACAGCUUGAUUGAAAGCGAUUUCCGUCUCGAUCAAUCCUACUUUGGCACUCGCAUCCUCUACUUUGGCUCGGAGGGGGCUCGUGUGCUCAUGCUGGGCGACUAUCUCCCUUGCGGUAACUCGUGAGCGCUCGAUGUCGGCGUGCAGUUGUUUGGCUUGGACGAUCCAAUCAUCGGCAUCAAAGGUGGUGUUUUCCCGACUCAGCGAGCUGAUCUCGUUCUAUUGAGGAUAGGAAACCCGGUCAGCACUAGCACAGAAAAUUUAUUUAAAUGGCCUCGACGCCAGCAUCUCCAGCGCACCUCUACUUGCUCUCGGGCUUGGGAUAUCAGCUCCAAUUCCUUAGCAAGAGCUGUUGCGGGGAACUCCGCUGCGACCACGCUCUCCUCAGGAUAGGCGCCAUCGGUGACGAAGCUCAGGACCGCGUGGCACACCUCACCCUCAGAUGGUGGCAUUCUGAGACGAAAGUCCUGGAUGAGAUUUGGGGGAAGCUGUAGAGUGGAGGAGUCGAGCCCCCGGAAAUGCGGCGUGUCAACAACCACUCGUGACCUUUGGGCGUCACCGCCCCACCUAAGAUAAGUGAGACUGCGUUCAUUGCCAGUGAAUUAGGAAGAAGAAAAUCCUCGAAACAAAAAAGAAAAGAGAAGAAAUUUAGGCUUGUGCCAUGAAAGGCGCCAGAUAAUAAGUGCAAGUACCUCUAAUAGGCCUUCUAUUGUAUAUCCCACGACAAACGACGACUCCGCGCCCGCUUUGACAUACUUCAUCGUGUCUCGGUUCUAUCUACGAAGCCUGAAUCGGGUGAAACAUACACAGUUCCUACCCCUCCGAAUUUUUGCCUGCCCCGCCGUCACACAAGGCCCAUGUCGGAGGUAAUCUCCUAGAUGCGUCGCUGCAAAGUAAACGGCUGGCCGGCUUUUGGGUUUUCUUUGCUUCUUGCUCUUUCGAUUCCACUGUGGACACGACUGCCAAAUUUCAGGCGAAGUAUCUUCUUUGGGCUUGCCCCAUUGAUCAACAUGUCGCCUUCGGUGCAGAAGGGCCAGUUCAAGCUGCUUCAGCAGUUCAAGCCAGACUACUCCGCCAGCGAGUUCACCGAGUAUGAAUCGCAGCGCACCGGCAUGCGGGUGGUGGUCAUUGACCAGAAGGGCCCAAAGGUGAACGGCUACUUUGUGCUUGCUACGGAGAUCCAUGAUGACUCGGGUGCCCCUCACACAUUGGAGCAUCUCUGCUUCAUGGGCUCUCGUAACUACCGCUACAAGGGUUUCUUGGACAAGCUGGCAACCCGAGUCUACUCCAACACCAAUGCUUGGACCGCCACAGACCACACAGCCUACACCCUCGAUACCGCCGGCUGGGAAGGCUUUGCUCGCAUUCUACCAGUCUACUUGGAGCAUGUCAUUGCUCCCACUCUAACGGAUGAGGGCUGCUACACAGAAGUUCACCACAUUGAUGGCUCCGGAAACGAUGCCGGUGUCGUGUACUCCGAGAUGCAAGGUGUACAGAACAACGCCGCUGAGCUGAUUGACCUGGCGGCUAAACGUGCAACUUAUCCUCCCGGUGUCGGCUUCCGGUACGAGACUGGCGGCAUGAUGGAACAGCUUCGCGUUCUGACGGCUGAGCGGAUUCGUGAGUUCCAUCGCGAGAUGUAUCAGCCUAAGAACCUCUGCCUGGUCAUCACGGGUGAGGUGGACCAGAAUGACAUGCUGGAAAUCUUGGACAAGUUCGAAGACACCAUCUUGGACGUCAUCCCGAGCCCGGAUGCGCCUUUUACGCGUCCUUGGACGGACUCCAAGCAGGCUCCGGCCCUGGAGAAAUCCAUUAUUCAGAAAGUCGACUUCCCUGAAGAAGACGAGUCAUUUGGCGAAAUUGAGAUUCGCUUCCUUGGACCGGAUUGCAACGACUCCAUUCAAUCCGGGGCUCUGAACGUGGCUCUCCUGUAUCUUGCUGGAUCGUCCGCGUCUCUCCUAGAGAAUACGAUCGUGGAGAAAGAGCAGAUUGCCAGUGCUGUCUACUACGCUACUGAGGAUCACCCUAGCAUCGAGAUCCGCUUCACCCUGACCAGCGUGGAGACUGAAAAGCUUGAAAUGGUCGAGAAGCGAUUCUUUGAGAUUCUCAAGGAUGCCAUGGGCAAGCCGCUCGAUAUGAAGUACUUGAAGGAGUGCAUUGACCGCCAGCGCCGUGCCUGGAAGUUCUCGACCGAGAACUCCGCUAAUCCCUUCGCGGAAUACGUCAUUACCGACUUCCUUUUCGGAAAGCGGGAUGGCUCGACGUUGCGGGAUGUCGCCUCUCUGAAGGAAUAUGAUGCCCUUGAGCACUGGAACGAGGAUCAAUGGCGGUCGUUUAUCACCAAGUGGAUUGCGGAUGCCAACCACGUUUCCAUUCUGGGAUACCCUUCCCUGAAGCUGUCCGACAAGCUCAAGAAGGACGAGGAGGCGCGCGUAGCCGCCCAGAAGGAACGUCUCGGCGAGAAGGGGCUCAAGGAACUGGCUGAGAAGCUGGAGAAGGCCAAGGCCGAGAAUGAUAAGGAGAUUCCAGAGGAGGUUCUGGCAAAGUUUGCCAUUCCCGGCACCGAUUCCAUCCAUUUCAUGAACACCACUACAGCCCGUUCGGGUGCUGCCCUCAAGGCCGGUCGUCCCGAAAAUCAGAUCCAGAAGCUGAUUGACACCGAUGAUGCGGGUCAGUCCCUGUUCAUUCACUUUGAGAACAUCCCAAGCAGUUUCGUGCAGCUGUCUGUCCUCAUCUCGGCACAGUCUGUGCCACUACAGCUGCGUCCCUUGCUGUCCAUCUACACCGAAGCUUUCUUCAACAUUCCUGUCGAGCGCGAUGGCAAGACUAUCAACUUUGAGCAAGUUGUCGUGGAAUUGGAGAAGGACACUGUCGGCUACGGAAUGGACACUGGCCGCGCCCUUGGAAACUCAGAAAUGCUCCGUCUGUCCUUCCAGGUGGAGCGUGAGAAGUACGAAGCCGCUAUUGCCUGGCUGCAGGAGCUGUGCUGGAACUCCAUCUUUGAUGUCGAGAGACUGCGUGCUAUCACCACUCGUCUCUUGGCUGAUGUGCCCGACUCCAAGCGCAGUGGCGAUGACAUGCUGGCAGCAGUUCACGUCAUGGUCCACUACGACCAGGAGUCUAUUGCCCGAGCUCGAUCUACCCUCGUCAAGGCACGCUACCUGAAGCGUGUCAAGCGCCUUCUCGCCGAGAAGCCCGAGGAGAUCGUCGGCCGUAUGGAGGAAAUCCGCAACUCUCUGUUCCAGCCCGACAAUGUCCGAGUUAUUGUUAUUGCCGACCUCGAGAAGCUGCCUCGCCCCGUCUCCUCCUGGAAGCCCUUCGCCGAGCGCCUCGGAAGCAGCGACAACCUGAAGCCCAUUACCAAUCGUCGCGCACUGCUGAGUGACGCCGGCAAGAACGUCGGCGGUCACUCCUACAUCGUUCCCAUGCCAACUGUUGACUCGUCGUAUGCCUAUGCCACCGCCCGCGGUCUCGAUUCCUACGACCACCCCAAGCUCCCCGCCUUGCUGGUCGCUAUUGCCUACAUGAACGCGGUAGAGGGUCCUCUCUGGGUCGCCGUCCGCGGCAAGGGUCUGGCAUACGGUACCAACUUCGCCUACAACAUCGACACCAGCUUUGUCAACUUCGACGUGUACCGUUCUCCCAACGCGCACAAGGCUUUCGAAGCUAGCAAGCAGAUUGUCGAGGAUCAUCUGUCCGGCGCUAGCCUCUUCGAUCCUCUCAUGCUCGAGGGUGCGAUUAGCAGUAUCGUUGUUGGCUAUGCCAACGAGCAGAUGACCGCCGCCAGCGCUGCCCAGGGCAGUUUCAUUCGCCAGGUCGUGCGCAACUUGCCUAGUGAUUACAAGGAGAAGAUGCUCAAGAAGGUGCGGGAUAUCAGCGUUAAUGAUGUCAAGGGUGCCCUGCGCGAGAUUAUCUUGCCUCUGUUCUCGGCAAAGACUGCUAACCUUGUUAUCACCUGCGGUACUGUUCUGGAGGAGACGCUUAAGCAAGGCUUCGAGUCAAUCGGCUUCACCCCGACUGUCCAGCCUCUCAAGGAGUUUGAGGAUGAUUACGGCCUCAAGCUCGGCGACGAAGACGAGGAAGAAGAUGACGACGACGAAGAUGACGAAGAUGACGAGUCCGGCUCCGAGGAGGAGGACAGUGACGAAGAUGAUGAGUGAACGCGCUCCAUGAAACAUAGACACGGCAACCUAGGUAGAGCUUGAUACAAUAGCUAGCUAAUACGACGGGUAUGGAACUGUCUCGAAACACGAUUACAAGGGAAAAUAAACAUAUAUCGGAAAUAAAACGAACAUAGCUGAAAUGAGUAUAAUCUCCACAACUUCCCAAUUCCAAGUGUUUCAACGCCACUGGACGGGAAGGUAAAUAUGGUACAAAAAGGGCCACACACUGGCCUAGCAAAAUCCUGCUUCGAGUCUCUCAACGACCCUGUUCAUCGAGACGAGACGAUCUCCGCAUAUCCGUCCGUAUGCAACCAGGGCGGCAUGUCACCCUUCAACUCGCAACUCCCACUUAAACGAACUCCCAUGUUUGGGGAACCGCAGCAUAUCCACAUACAAAGCGCAAUUACCAGCUCAUAGCCUUACGCCCCUUCAACCGCCGACGAAUAAGAGUCAACCGCCCUUUCCUAUCCGUAUUCCGGGCCAAGAAACCCGAGCGACGCUUCUGCACACGGCGCGAGGGACGGAACGUGUUACGCUUCACGCCCAGCGAGGCGGUAGCCGAGAACGAGCGGCUCUGAGGGGGCAGCAGCGAUGAGAUUGACGGGGUGGACAGUGCCGAUGUCGAGGGAGUCCGGGGGGAGACGGAGAGAGUUUGGCUUGGUUGGAGGCGGGUUGGCGUUGAGAGGAGAGUCGUAGAGAAGGGUCGGGAGGAGAGCCUGGCAGUGGAUGUGAGGGAUGUUUGAGGUGUGAAUUGGGUGAUUCUGUAUUUGAG